AUACCUGAGUUGAAAAAAAAUGAUGAAUACGUCUUUCAGGUUGAAUUCAGUUAUCCACCACUGAAUGAUUCAACUGGUGAAAUACCGAAUGCAUGGCAAAAUUUACCCAGUUUAGCGUUACCCGAUGGUGCGCAUAAUGUUGAUCAAGAUGUGAUAUACUUCCUUUUGCCAUCAUUGGAGAAUCCGAAUCGAGCGGUAUUUGGCAUAUCCUGUUAUCGUCAGAUAUCUGCUGAGGAUUUAUUAAACAAAUCAAGAGACGUGACACGAAGUACUGUACAAAAGAGUGUUUGUGUUUUAACGAGGGUACCUUUAUUCGGUAUAUUAACGGCUAAAUUACAACUGAUCACACAAGUUUACUUCAAUGAACGUGAUUUUGCAAAGGUCGAAGUGUUAUCACAGAUGUAUAAUAAUUUAUGUGAAAUGUUCAUGCCAGAAGCAAUUGAUGAGCAGGCGGCUGUAAUGGAUAUUCCAAUUCACAUGUUAGUUGAGUCGUUUAAGCAUCGCUUAUUGGCUCUAUUCAAGCUGAUAUUACUGGAAAGAAAAGUGGUUUUCUAUAUAUUUCCAGUUCGUAAACUCGGCGAAAUUAUGAUUGCCUUAAUCUCGCUUUUUCCGAAGCAAUUAGAAGAAGGUUUGUUUCAAGCGGCUGCGUACAGUAAAUUACAUUGUGUCACCACACAAUCUGAGUCGAUCUCUGAAGAUGAUAUUGAGCUAAAUAUUGAAUCUACUGAAAAUGAUGAUAGGAACGAAGAAUCAAGUCAGCAAUCAAGUGCAAAAUUAACGAAUGAUGAUGACUUAUCGAAACGAGAUGAUAAAUCUUCAUCAUCUACCGAAAUAGCUUCGGAAGCUAUUCAUGAACAGAAGACGUCAUCCGCAAAUCAAGAUUCCACAUUGAAUACUUCAAACGCUGAUUCUUUUGAAUUAAAUACAGAUUCUUAUGGAUUUCCAUUGAAUAUCUUCACUAAAGGGUCAUUAUUCCAUCCGUAUCUGAGCAUAAGUUAUUUGGAUAUGAUUCGGUCAGAUAAUAUUCGAGCGUAUGUGAUUGGUUCAACGAAUGCGUUGUUUGUGCAACGGAAAGAUAAUAUUGACGUUAUUGUGACGGUGAGUGAUGUUCAUUUAUGGGUGAAGUUAGUGAGCGAUGGAGGUGUUUCUGAGGAAGUAAUGGCUGUUGAAUUGAAGAUAAAAGAUGAUGGAGAGGGUGAUAUUGAGAUAGUGAAUACUGAAUUAAGACGUGCGAUGUCAUUGACUGCAGCGGAUUUACGUUUUGCUGAUUUUAUCAUCAAAGAAGUGGACGGAAACGCAAGAUCAGCAAAUUGGGAAGGUGGCGACGAAUGGAUCAAGCUUCAAAUGCGUGCAUAUUUACUGUCUUUAAUGGCAACGGUCAAGUGUGAUCUCAAAGAAUCGUUAUCGGAUUUCAACGAGGUUUUCAUUAACGAAUGGAAAUUAACGAAUAAUUAUCGGAUCUGGUCAAGUGGUCAUUAUGCUGACCUUUCCAGUGCUGUUCCGGGCCAUCCAUUCUGUGGUGGAUUGGGCGUAUCGGAUGUGUUGCUGAGAGUUGAGCACUCAAUAGGUUCGUCUGAAGGUGGUCGACGUGUGGUAUCUGCAGUUGCGUCGACCGGAAAAUUAUUUACCGACACUGGUCUGAAGGUUAAGUCCAGCAUUUCAUCGUGGUUUAAAGGUGCUAAUAGUAACAAUAGUCAUAAUAAUGAUGAUAAUCAUAAUAAUAAUAACACGAGUCCAUCAUAG